UAAUUUUGCUGUCGACCGCCAUACCAGCGGUUACAAAGACACUGUUCGAGCCGAGUGUCGUGCUGGCACCCGCACAAUCCAAGGCCCACCGUUUCAGGAUAUACAAUUUUUUUGUGUGCCACAACCGACAGCCAUGCUAUUUAGGAGAACGUACAAUUUGUUCCUUCUGAUUCUUGGAAGUUCGCCCUUUUUAAGCAACCAAAUGACAUCGCCGCUGGAGCAGCUCCGAUGGAAUUGGACUCACAGCUGUGCAACUCCGCUGAUGGAACCUGUGGGGGACUGCGCAGUCAACAUCAAUAAGUAUUUCUACAACAAAACAACUAAGAUGUGCGAAAGGUUUUACUGGAACGGCUGCCUGAGGAGAGGUGUCUAUGAAACACGCCUUGAGUGCGCAUUAAGUUGCAACCCUGGAGAAAGCGCCGGGAGGUGCUCACAGACACCACCAAAGGGAUGCUCACCGGACGCCAUGACAUCGAGUUGGCCAUCUCAACCGCCGACGGCCUGGAGACGACGUCCAGCCCCUCUAACACCCUCAGCAAAUACUCAUACUGGAAUGCCCUGGGUAAAGACACGGCCCCUAGCCCCUCUACGGCUGCCGUUGAAGACUCGUCCUGACAGAGCCAUAGCGAUGACCCAGCCCCUAGAGCCUCAGUACCAGUUCGAUGCGUAUUAUUACGACAACGUGACAAGGACUUGCAAGCACUACAAGUUUUGUGGACCUGAGUCAGUGCCCCAGGGCACCAAUUUCUUCACGACCGUGACGGAUUGCAUCAUGGAAUGCGAAGGGUUCCCGAUCGUGAAUACCAGCCGACCGGAUGCGUACAUAGGUCACUGACAAGCCUCUGGUGUUUUCCUGUUGCGAGUGUGGUGCUUAAGUUAGCCUAACUUUUCAGUUACUUCAACCAAGUGUAAAAAAAAAUAUAAUUGACCUAAUUGUUUUAGAGGUAAAUUUAUUCACGGGUAUUACAGGUGGCUUGCUCUGAAGCAUCCACAAAUGGUCGUAAUUAAACCCUAUGACUCAUAAAGGAGCUUCAUUACGACCACGCUGCUAUAACAGUUUAAAUGAAUUUUUCACCUUAUAAUUUGACAGCGUAAUUAAUAGGCUGAGUGUGAAGUGCAAAUUUGGCUGCUUCAUAGAGGAGCGAAAAUAUGACGCGAUUCAGAAAAAAUAAAUUUGACGGUUUGACGUGUCAUAA